AACUUAUGAAUAGUACAAGGGCUAAUAACAGAAUUUAACCUAAUUAGAAAAAACAAAACCCUAAACCCCCAAUCCCAUCUCCCUCUGCAUUUCUCUCCCAAGUAUCAAUCUUUUGAAUCUCUCUCGACGCUAAGCUACCAAUCUUUGCUCCCAUCGAUCUCUGGCAAAGGUUAGUCUUUAAUGGGAACCGAAGCGACAAAGGACCCGUUGAAAGGGGUAGAUUGGAAAGCAAUCGGUAGUGAGUUGCAGAAAGAUCCGAGCGCUGGCGGUAAAUCGGUUGUAAAGAAACGACUUCCAAAGAAGAUUAGGCAAAUCCCGGAUUGUUAUUUCCUUCCUCGAAUGUCAACUCCUUCUACACUUGCCUUUUACGGAGCGUGUAUUGCUGGUGGGAUUGGCGCCGGGAUGUUACUCGAGGUCUGGAUAAACAAGAAAAUUAAAGAGGAUGGAGGUGUGGUAUGGGAGUUUGGCAAGUAGUGCUUCACAUCAUCAAACGACGUCGUUCUCAUCUGAGUUUCAAAUGGGAGUCAUCUUGGUAGUGUUCAUCUCUGAAAGCAUAGGAUUCUUCUGGGUUCACUUUUUGGGCAAAAUUUGAUCAAUCCGUUCCAUUUUUUUAACUUUUGAAAUCGAAAUUGUAUUAAAUAAAAAUUAAUAUCUGAAAUCAAUGAUUGCGAUUUGGUUCGACGAUA